AUGGCUUGGCGGGCAAAAAAAAAGGCAAUUGCGAUUCUUACAGGUGGAACAGCUGAUGAAUAUCGAAAAAUGCCCCGUUAUAUCUAUAUGUUGAACCAGUGGAUUCCGAAAAUGACAAUUCAUGGACUUGAUUUUUUCAUCAAUUUAGAGAAGCAUUUGGAGAACGGGACAACAAAAAGCAAAGACAGACUUAGUGACCUUUAUUAUUCCAUGGCUAAAACGUAUACAAAAGAAGAUUUUGAUUACAUUAUGUCAAAGGUUGGAAAGGUUGAUCCAAGGAUUAAGGAAUAUUUGAAAGAAUCUGGCUAUGAGAAAUGGUCUCGAUGUCACGCCCCUAUUAAUAGAGGUAGAAUGAUGACCUCUAAUAUAGCUGAAUGUAUUAACGGUUGUUUGGUAGAGGCUAGAGUACUUCUUAUUUUAAGUUUCCUUGAAGAAGUGAGACUUCUAUUUGCUACAUGGAAUUAUAAGAAUAGUGAAAUUGCAUCUUAUACAAACACAAUGCUUGGAAGAAGAUUUCAAGAAAUACUAACUGAUAAUGGGGUUAAAUCAUUGCGGAUGACGGUUAAGGCAACUGGUAGUUAUCUGUACUGUGUGUAUGAAUCAGGAAGGAGGUACAUUAUUGAUAUUGAGCGUGGCACGUGUAGCUGUUGUCGGUAUCAAAUUGAUGAAAUUCCAUGUGCACACGCAAUUGCCCUUUUGAAGAGUAUAAAUAUAGAUGUAAAAGAGUAUGGGCGUUGCUGUUCAGAACUGUACCGUCCAAACACCAUUGUCAAGACGUAUGAACUCCCCAUAAUUCCUAUGCCAGACAUGAAAGAUUGGAUUGUACCUGAUUUUGUUGAUGCAGAUGAAGUCUUGCCACCCAAAUACAGAAGACCUCAUGGGAGGCCAAAAAAAGGAAGAAUUUGA